UCUGAAUCCACUUGCCGGAAGUGCCUUUCCAGAGGACCUGGGCUGUUGUUGCGGUUGUUUUCCUUCUCUCCGUGCAACGCUGGCAAGUCUCAAAGUCGUCACAGAAACAUGCCCCUGAUUCAGUGCCUCCGCUUAGCUGUAACAACAUGUUAAUCAGAACUGCCUGGCAUCUUCCUGAACAAGACUUUCAAUAGGGGCCAGUAUGCUUCGCUUCAUCCAAAAGUUUUCUCAAGCAUCUUCAAAGAUGCUAAAGUACUCUUUCCCAGUGGGACUAAGAACCAGCAGAACAGAUAUACUUUCUCUCAAGAUGUCUCUCCAGCAGAACUUUUCCCCAUUUCCAAGGCCUUGGCUUUCCUCAUCAUUUCCAGCGUAUAUGAGCAAGACACAGUGCUAUCAUACAUCCCCCUGCAGUUUUAAAAAGAAGCAGAAGCAAGCACUUCCAGCCAGGCCACCAAGCACCAUCACUUACCUAACUGACAGCCCAAAGCCAGCAUUAUAUGUAACUCUGGCAGGACUAAUCCCCUUCAUUGCUCCACCACUGGUCAUGCUGAUGACAAAAACUUAUAUUCCCAUAUUAGCUUUUACUCAGAUGGCUUAUGGAGCCAGUUUCCUAUCUUUCUUGGGUGGGAUCAGAUGGGGUUUUGCUCUACCAGAAGGUAGUCCCGCCAAACCAGACUACCUUAAUUUAGCUAGCAGUACAGCUCCUCUUUUCUUUUCAUGGUUUGCCUUCCUUAUUUCUGAAAGACUUAGUGAAGCCAUAGUCACAGUAAUAAUGGGUAUGGGGGUAGCAUUCCACCUUGAACUUUUUCUCUUACCACAUUAUCCCAACUGGUUUAAAGCCCUGAGGAUAGUAGUCACUUUAUUGGCCACUUUUUCAUUUAUAAUCACUUUAGUAGUUAAAAGUAGUUUUCCAGAAAAAGGACAUAAGAGACCUGGUCAAGUAUAAAAAAUAUAAAAGUCUGGGAAGUGAGGAGCGCCUCUGCCCGGCGGCCGCCCCCUCUGGGAAGUGAGGAGCGCCUCUGCCUGGCCACCUGACCGUUUGGGAAGUGAGGAGCGCCUCUGCCCGGCCGCUGUGCAACCUUCCAAGUGUGAAGUGACAGCCUUGUGUGUGAUCUUUUCUGUCUUCCCCAAGUUUGCAUUUUCGACAUUAAAGUUUACUUUUUAGUUAAAA